AUGAACGCAUUCCAGGCUUUCAAAGCCCAAGCUCCGAUUACAUGGAGUCCUCACCUCUAUAUAACCUUGGUGAGGGGCAUUCCCGGAACUAGAAGACUUCACAGGCGUACCUUAGAGGCUUUACGUCUUGGAAAGUGCAAUCGGACUGUCAUGCGAUGGAAUACUCCUACUGUCAGGGGGAUGCUCCAACAGGUGAAGAGGUUAGUUGUGAUUGAGACGGAAGAGAUGCACAAGGCCCGUAAACAAAAUGUUGCAAACCACCGAGCUGUACGUCCCCCAUUGGUCAUAAACCACUUGCCUGCCUCUGCAAGCACUUCCUCUUAA